CAAGUUCCCAAGCAGUGGUAAACUUCACAAAUUGACUUCUAGCUUAGAUGAGAAAAUGGCAUUAAAUUAAAGAAGAUGGGAGCAGCGGCCAGCGCUCCUAUUAAAGCUCAGGCAAAGCCUCCAACUGGCCGCAUUUUAAAAGAGGGUAUUCUUUUGUAUUGUGAAACUCAAGGAGAAGAGUGGAAGAGCUGUCAAUUUGACCUGUAUGAGGACGGUACAUUUGAUUGGUCCUUCAAUGGACGGUUUCCAGAACAUGUUGGUUCUGUAAAAUUAAAGGCAGUAGCUGACCAAAUAAGUGUGGGAAAGGACUGUGAGGAGGUUCCUGACUGCCCUGAGCCCCCAUUGGGGUUGACCAUCAACUACAUGAUGUCCUACCCCCAUAACUACCCCAAGGGAACUCGCCCCACGGACAUGAAGAAUAACUGGAUUGUAUUCAAAGAUGAUAGAGAAAUGAAGGAGUGGAUCACAGCUUUGGAAGAUGCGCUGCAUGUUAAGCCAUUAGGUGUCCAAUCAAAACCAAAGAAGGCACCACCCCAACCAAGGGUUCCAAUAGCAUCGCAGUUAGCACCACUCGAAAUUCAGACAGAGGAUCCUGACUCGCAGGCAGACGUCCAGAAUGAUCAGAAAAAAACGGCAUUAAACCAGAACGAAACUAAAGAACUACAACACACAGAUUUCAGGUUACUCCUUGCAGGAGGACAAGCAAUGUCCAGAUAUUCGGAAGACAACAUGCCACAUUUUGGCCAGGCUUAACCACGUAGCCCUCGGCAUCCCAGUAAGGACAACAAACUAGCUAUAGGAAAGGAUCAGAUUUCAUCAUGGCAUAUAAUUGAAUGGGUUGAAUUUAGUCUAAGCUUUUAGUACCAAUCUGGGUAGAUAUAACAUAUUAAGUGUGAAAAAAGGUUGAUAGUGUUGAAACAUUGAUGGUAGGGCAAAAUCAUCUACUUACUUGGGAGGGCAGGGAUAGGAAUGGUAUUGUAGUUGUGUAUGACAUAAUCAUCUUGUUCUUGGGGAUGGGAUGGUA